AUGUCUACGGAUACGGCCAGUGCGUCAGCGACGGAGUUGGAAAGGAACAAAGUCAGCGAACUUGAAGAUGGACGCAAGUAUCCGCUGUACAGAUGGAAGAACUCCUUCAAAGAUUGGUGGAGGCAAGAGUUCACCAAGGAUUAUACGGAUGAAAAAGUGGAGGCCCGUCUUCUCUCGUACUUGCCAUUUUUCCCCAAGUCGGACGGGAAGCGCAAGGCAGAAAUCAUCAACACGGAUAUUGGUCAAGGGAACUACAUCCAUGAGUUUUGCAUUGAAAACACCGAGACUCCCAGUGCUCUGUCAGCGGUGGUGAAGAACGACAUCAAGCACAUUGUUCUUGUGCAUGGAUACGCGGCGUCGCUUGGCCUCUUCAUUGAUAAUUUCGACCAGCUCUCGGCUGUUCCGGGAAUCAAAAUCCACGCGAUAGAUUUGCUUGGAUUUGGCCUUUCGUCAAGACCAAAGUUCCCUAAUUUCAAGGUCGAGACGAAGCAGGAUGUUUACGAAGUCGAAAAUUGGUUUAUUGACUCUUUGGAAGAAUGGCGCAAACGUAGAGGCAUAGAUCGCUUUGUGCUUAUUGGGCAUUCUUUUGGGGGAUAUUUGAGUUGUGCCUAUACCUUGAAGUACAACAAGGAUGUAACCAACACAACAACGGGUGUUCCUGAGAAAAUGAUAGACAAGCUUGUUCUUUUGAGUCCCGUGGGUGUCGAGAGAAACAAAAGCUCUCUUCUCAUGAGCCAGCCCACUCUGCCAUCCCAGGUUUCUGAAAGUCAAAGGAGGAGAGAGAAUUCGCACAGUGAAGCAAUUCAAGUCUCCGAAGAAUUGAAUGCCGAUCAGGAAAGCAUAGUUCAGGGCGAACAUGACAAGGCUUGGGCCAAGGAGAUGACGGUGGAUCUGAAUGGGCAAAAGAUGUUCAAGUACCUCUGGGAGAAACACGUGUCACCGUUUUCCAUUGUGAGGAAGUCCGGCCCAUUAAGGUCAAAGAUGAUCUCGGGAUGGACUACAUUCCGUUUCUCGCACGUUUUCAAGGAGAAUCCCCAGCAUUUCCAGAAUAUCCACGAUUACUUCUACAGAAUAUUCAAUGGUGGUGGCAGCGGUGAGUAUGCUAUCACACGCGUGCUUUCCUUUGGCGCAUUGGCAAGAUUGCCAUUGCUAGAUCGAUGCCCUGAGAAAUUUGUCAAAAUGGGACUACCCACACUUUGGGUGUAUGGCGAUAAGGAUUGGAUGAACGAAAAGGCUGGAUUUGAAAUGACAAAGGAAAUUAAUCUGCUCUCUGAGAAAGCAGGUUUGGGUAAGCUUGCCAGCUACGGAAUCAUCAAGAAUGCUGGACAUCAUCUUUACUUGGAUAACCCACCAGACUUCACAGAACUCAUUUUCGGUUUUUUGGGUCUUGAGAAAGACUGGCGUGGCAAAGACUAG